AGAAAGCCAUCAAUUUUAAGGAAAAUUGAAAAGAAAGAUUUGGAGAAGUUUGACCUACAGUUAGUUUGUGAUGAACGGCGUGAACGAGCUCUGGUUUUUUAUUCAUUCCUUCUCACUUCGGCUAUCAAUAAAAGAACGAAAUCUUUCGACUGGUUGGGAAGCUUGGCUAUCGCAGGAUCAAUUCUGUUGAAACAGCGAAACAAGGACAUGAGCGCUGCUGCAUCUGUGAUAGGUAUUCUCCUGAAAAGCAAGUCUGUUGAGGUGCGAUUCGUUUUAUUGAUCUUGAGCUUAUUUUACUUUUGAUACUUUUUAUUCAGUUUUAUUUCGUGUCAUAAGUAUCUGAAAUUGUUCAAGCUAAAUUACAGGACAUUUAUUAUUUAAGGUCAAUCUGUAUUUGAUAAAACAAUACACACAAUAACGUCAUAAAACUGCUUUAUUCUCUGAAUGAUAAAAUAAUCGUGGUAUUUAAGAAAUUUCUAUUUUAAAAGAUGCUAUUAAUCAUGAACUAAAAAAAAAAUCUUCAUAUAAAAGAGAUCUAUUUAAAAUGUAUUAUGAAAUUUCUAACAUAGGUCGUUCUUUGUGUCACAGGCAACCCUCGGUAGGCUCAACAGACUGAAGGUGACAAAUUCAAACAGUCAGAUUCUUUACACGUUGGACAAACUUGGGGGUGAUCAUGAUGCCCUCCUUUUGAAAGCAAGGGACACAAUUUCUCAAGAAAACUCCAAAGCGAUAGAGAUUCAAGAGAAGCACAAAAAUAUUUUGAUGCAAUAUGAAUCCUAUCAAACAUGCACAGCAGUGUGCCACCAAAAGCAAACUAAAGUCAGGAUGGUGGAGUAUGAAUUCAAGAAAGCUGCACACCCUGGAUUUGUUAUCUCAUUUGACAAUCUGGACUUCCAGCUACAGCGAAAGAGUAUGACAAUGCAAUCGCAAAACCGUGACUUUCAUUGGGUGAACCACCAAAUGAUUGAGAACAGGGUGUCUGGAGCACUCCUUGACUCCAAACAACCAAAAGCCAAUCUUCAGGAGUUGUCAAACCUGCAGUUUUUACCAACUAUUGAAGACCAGCAACGGCAAAGGUCCAAUUACAUGAUUUUAACAGCACGGAUUUUAGUGGAAUACUUUGAUGUUUUGAAGCCUUUAAAGGAAGCGUGCAUCUAUCAUAUUCCCCACAAAUAUACUGAGGAGAUGUCAAAGAAGUCAAAAAAGGUUAUUAAUUACUAGUUGAACUAAUUGUGACAUUGUUAUCCAAAUAUUAUUUAUUCAAAAGUCUGACUAACCAUCCGAAUGCUUAUUAUUUUUAUACACUUUAUGUAUCCAUAAGUCAAGUCCAGUGGAAACCAACAAAUGUUUUCCCUUAAUCUCUGAAACCUUUCCAAGUACAGUCUUGCUGUCAAUGUUCCGAACAAGUUCAAUAAGAGCUCUACAUGUUCGUUAGGAUUUCACCUCUGGUUCAAAAUGGUGUUGCAGAAAAUUAUAUACCAGGUGGCAAAAAAUUUGGGCAAAGAUGUUGCAUUAAGGGAAGAAAACAACAUUUGGGAUAGAAAUGACAUAAAUUUGAAAGAAGCAGGAAAUGUGGGAUCAGCAACCCUUCCCUCAAGAUUCUUGAGGUUGUGACAUCAUAUACUAAUAUAUUUUAUCUAUGGUAUUUUUUUUAUCUCUUUAAAUAAUUUAUUUAUUAUUGUUUUGGUCAGGUUCCCCUGGGAAUUAUUUUCAAGAAUGAAAAUGUAAAUGAACACAUGAUGUCAAUACUUCAACAAUUCCAUUCCUACCUCCUGCAAGCAAGUGAUGGUGGUGUGGAUGGUCAGAUAUUUUCUGGUGACCAGCUCACUGUUGAAAGGGCUGUGAAUGUGAUUUUGCCGGUGGCAAAUGGCUACACCCCAAAGGACCGCUUGGAAGGCAUCAAUCUCCAAUUGGGGGACUUGCAUGCAGCUGUUAAAGUGCUAAGUGUAUGUUUAUGAUUGUAUUAUGCCUAAAAUAUUACUAGUUUGAUGUUCAUAACUUUCCUAUUCAGCAAAAUGCUGUAAAUGUAAUGCUCUGAUUAACCUCUCUUGUGACCACCCACUGUAUGGAAACACCAUUGAAACACCUUUUUUUUACAAUGCAUUAACACCUCUAAAUGCAUAGGCUUCAAAGCACACAUGAUUUAAAUCUAUAGAAUGAGUGAUACUAGAUCACUCUGAUCAUGGAUGAUUAAAGAAUAAAAUAAUUUUUUCUAUUAAGACAGGGAUUAAUUUAUUGGUACAUCUGGUGCACCAUGAUUCAGAUAAUCUUGAAUCAUACAUUUGUAACUCAUGAACUGGAUAUCCACUCUCUUCCUCUUCCUUUUUGGGGGGUAUAUUUUCAAUUUUGUUGAAUUGUCUAGUGUUGUAUUUUUAGAUCCCUAUCAUAAAAAAAAUUAUAGGAAAAUUAAAAUUUUUAGCUUACAGCGAAAUCACUGCAAAUUCAUAUUGUUUUUUGUUUGUUUGUUUGUUUUCAACAGUUAAUCUACUCUAGAUUCUUUAGUGGAAAAUCUGAUGUAGACAUCUGCACCAUGGUUUGCUGAUUGCACCCUAAUAAACAGAAGGAAUGUAACAAGUGAUACCCACUCUUCGUACCGAGCGAACCGAGACUUUUUUUCAGUUGUGUUUACAUCAAGGGUAAUUGUUGCUGCCAUGAAGGUGUUAGGCUUUGAGAACAAGGCAGGAGCCCCCUCAAACCAUAGCUUGCCCACGAACUUAAAUUCAAUGAAGAAGGCAGAAAAGCUAGAUUGUCUGCUUGAAAUGUCAGCAAAGGUAGUUGAUGAAUUUGUUUUUCAACAUGCUUCGAACGUGAAUGACCUUGUGAAUCGUGUGGUCACUCAGCAAGAAAGGGAUGAAGUUCUUAACCGUCAGCAACUGACCCCCGAUGGGAGGUUUCCAUGCCGGUACCCUGGAUGCGAGAGGUCAUUCAAGUAUAAUGGAAAGUCAAGAAGGGCUCAUGAGUUAGCACAUGACCCUCCAGUUCAGGUGGAAGAUGAGGUAAAUGACUUCACCUCAUCAACCCCUAAUCCUCCCCAAGGUGAAUCAAAACCAGAGGAUGAUNGCACCCUAAUAAACAGAAGGAAUGUAACAAGUGAUACCCACUCUUCGUACCGAGCGAACCGAGACUUUUUUUCAGUUGUGUUUACAUCAAGGGUAAUUGUUGCUGCCAUGAAGGUGUUAGGCUUUGAGAACAAGGCAGGAGCCCCCUCAAACCAUAGCUUGCCCACGAACUUAAAUUCAAUAGAGAAGGCAGAAAAGCUAGAUUGUCUGCUUGAAAUGUCAGCAAAGGUAGUUGAUGAAUUUGUUUUUCAACAUGCUUCGAACGUGAAUGACCUUGUGAAUCGUGUGGUCACUCAGCAAGAAAGGGAUGAAGUUCUUAACCAUCAGCAACUGACCCCCGAUGGGAGGUUUCCAUGCCGGUACCCUGGAUGCGAGAGGUCAUUCAAGUAUAAUGGAAAGUCAAGAAGGGCUCAUGAGUUAGCACAUGACCCUCCAGUUCAGGUGGAAGAUGAGGUAAAUGACUUCACCUCAUCAACCCCUAAUCCUCCCCAAGGUGAAUCAAAACCAGAGGAUGAUGUAUUUAACUAUAACUGUGCUUUGCUGACAGAUGGAUUUCUUUUCUUCAAUUUCCUUGAUGCAAUUAAAGAAGGGGAUGGGUCGAGGAUAAUGAGGCAGUACAAGUACAUUAUGUUGUACUGCAAAUCCGAUGGCACGCACAGUACGAAAUAUGCACUGGAAUGCUUGUACCAGUUUUUUCUUGUUCACUCUAUUCUAUCCCAGAGAGGCUCUGAACGGUUUACAUGGAACCAUUCAGUCAAUAAUGCUGGUAAGAUUGGUACAAACAUUCCACUUGAUGAAGCCACUGAACACAGCAAUAACUUCAUCAAGCAGGGCAUCAGAAACUUGGGACCAAAUGUCACAGAGAAGGCAGUGUCACGACUCUCUUUCUCUGAAACAUCCACGACAACAGUCCUGAGCAAUCUUGAUGAAUCAAUCAAACGGAUGUUAAGAUCUGGGAAACAUGUAGAAGGAUCUGCAACAAGAGAUCUUCAGGAGCUCAUCAAGAGAGCAGUUGAUUUCGAUGUCUUUACACAAAUUCAAGGGAGGAGCUAUAAGCACUUCAAAGACUUUCAGUCCAACAGACUAGAAAGCAUAGAUGCCUCAAGUUUAUACCAGUGGAUCAACAAACAUAAGAAGAAUAUCACUUGGGGUAUUAGAGCACGAUAA